ACUUCGACGAAAUGUUGAACUGGACUCUAACCAGCUCUAAUGGACUCUUUUCGGAAAUUUCCUUAAUCGAAGAAAAAUUCACAUCCCAUGCGAUGUCGGAAUUCGUUGUUUUUCCCAGCUAGGAUUUGUCUUAUUCUUGUUCUUCGGUGAUGGCAAACGUAGUCAGUCAGUAUGAGUCUAAACCUCCUCCUUUCGGUCACGAAAUGCGCAAAUGCUUUUCGUUCGAUCCAGAGUACAUUAAUAUGAACCAUGGAUCAUAUGGAUCUCUCCCGUCGCCUGUAGCAGAAGCCAUCAAACCGUACUACGCGCUGGCAGAGGCAAAUCCCGAUCUUUUCCACCGAUUCACCUCUAUCGAUCUCAUCCGUGAUGUUCGAAAACGUAUAGCCAAGUUUAUCGGUGCAGCGCACACUGAGGAAGUCGUAUUUGUACCGAAUGCAUCUCAUGGGCUGAAUACUAUCCUGAGGAGCUUUAUCUGGGAAGAAGGCGAUAUAAUCAGCAGCUGCAACACGACCUAUAACUCCAUUUCGAGAACAGCCGAAUAUAUCUCCGAUAUCCCUCCACAUCCCGAGGUUGUUCAAUUCACCCUCCUUUUCCCGACUUCACAUUCCGAAAUCAUCCAAAAUUGGCGUGCAUAUGUUAGAUCUCUCAACGAAAUGCGCGACCAAUCAGCUCAAAAACUGGGCCGGCGUCCCAAGAUCGUCGCAAUAAUUGAUUCUAUCAUCUCGGUGCCUGGCGCUCUGCUACCUUGGAAAGAGAUGGUUAAGAUAUGUAAGGAGGAGGAUGUCUGGAGUGUCGUCGAUGGAGCUCAUUCAAUCGGACAAGAGUUAGACUUGAAUCUCGCUGAGGCGAAUCCCGAUUUUUGGGUCACGAACUGUCACAAAUGGAUGUACGCUAAACGAGGUUGCGCAUUGUUGUAUGUUCCUAAACGCAAUCAGCACAUCAUCAAGGCCUCUUUUCCGACCUCUCAUGCUUACAAAAAAGGCGGUGGGUCCAACUUCGUCGAGCAGUUCGAGUGGAACGGCACGAUUGAUUUUGUACCUUACAUUAGCGCGUCUUGCGCACUUGACUUUCGCGCCUGGCUAGGAGGAGAACACGUCAUUAACGAUUAUUGCCAUCGGAUUGCCCUCGAAGGAGGGAAGAGACUCGCUCAAAUUUUGGGAACAGAGAUAAUAGACCAAGAUCAAGACUUUCAAUUCACUCUGAGCAUGGUGAACGUCGCCGUCCCAUUCCCACCUACAAUGUCCUCCGCUUUUGAAAUUGAUAUGGCAUUUCGGCGGAAGUUACUCAUCAAGAGGAAGAUAUAUCCCGCUUUUUUCUAUCACAACGGAAAAUGGUGGAUUCGUUGUAGUGCACAGAUCUGGUCGCAGGUGGAAGAUUUUGAAGUGUUAGGCCAAGCGAUUUUGGAAGCGUCGAAAGAGAUUUUAGAAGAGUUUGGUGAUGGUACAGAAAAGAAGACGAUGGGUAUCGAGGAUAAGGUUGAAAAAGUAAAUUAGUCUAAUGCGGCGCGUAUAUUUGGACUAUGCUUUCUUUCCAUCUCAUAACUUGUACUUAUACAGUUGUGUCGGGUUGUUAAAUGGAAGCUUGACCGCAUAUACUAUGAUAUAGCUAAACUAAGUUAUCCUUAGUAUCAGUUUCACUCGCUCAACAGGGAACGCAGCAUAGGUAGACAGCUAAGGUUUGUUAAUAUAGUUGAACAACCAUCUUAUCGUGAGUGCUUAUUUACUCGGACCUUUUUCGCGCCACAAAUCACUGUUCCCUUGUAAUCGCAAUCGUCGUCGUGGACAAACCAGUGAUUUCGUGGAUCCGGACUCAUCGAUCGCUACCUAGUAUGCAUAAUGAUAUGUUUGUGCCAAUUAUCAUUGCAGUUGGAAGUGAAAUUUACUGUGUAUAAAACACAGAUAGAUACAAGUUAUCGUAUCGAUAUCGAUAUUUCUUACACCUUAUUGUAUUACUGAUGUACGCCGCCCAGCGCCUGAUUAGGUAUG